UUCGUUAGAGUUUUGUAAAAUCCUUUGCAAACAAACAGACAAUAACGCCAUGAAGACUUGCAGUUUUUUUGUUAGUUUUACCCUCGCUAUUGCCAUAGUGAAUGGAUUCAGCACCGAGGAACGUGUAAAACGUUUCUUUCGCCCAGAGCAUAGAGCACUUCUGCCGGAUUUAACCAGCUUUCAGAUCGAAGACGAGAAUAGCGUGGCGCGUGUUCCACAGAACGAUGAUUCCACUCAGUGUCUUGCCCACUGUGAGCCAGAGUGCCAAAAGUUAGACGUGCCGGAUUUUUUAACGGUAAGAAAAUUUUGCUUUCUUAAGUUGUAUUUAUUGGUUCUUACGAUUAUCCAAGUCUAAUAGGCGUAAACUGCAUGAGAUUUCUAGUCUCGUGCACCGUGCAUGAUACAGGUUCCACGGCUUUCUAGAGCAACCGAAGCACCCCAUAAAGAACGCGUCAUUUGAAAAGGACACAAACUGAUGUACUUUUUAGUUCCCAUAUACAAUUAAUAAUCUUUAUCGGUUACAUUCUUGAUUUUCUAAAAUUUUCCUCUUGUUUUUAAUGAACAGAAAAACACCAGCUUCCAUAAAUUUCAAGAGAUGCCUACCAACUGUGUCCUGGCUUCUACUAUCGUUUUCAACAAUCCAUUGUACCAAUGUCAGUUUAUGUUGCUGUACUUGUUCGAUUGCUGCCGAUAUUGUAACGCAGUCCACAAGAAAUGUUUCGAUCAAAAUGGCGCUUUAAACGGCGGUCCAGGGUACUGCUAUCGUCAGUCCUUCAAUUGUAUGGGUAAAUGCAUAGAAAAGAACUCACCACCAGAAAUCGCCCCAUUCCCUUCACCUUAAAUUCCUGGAGAACUCUUUCAAUUUUUCCUAUGCUGUGGCAUUAAUGUACCGGUAUACCUAUCCUAUGAACGGUAUAUCUAUCCUAUUAAGGGAAGUUUUUUUUCCUGAUCAGUUCUUUGUUAGCAUUGCUAAAUAGUUUAACCUCCAGUACUUCAAAAUCAACAUUAGCAAGUAAUUUCCUCC